AUGCCAUUCGACGUUGUUUCGGCAGUAGUUGAUGUCGUUUCCGCUGUAGUCGUCGUUGCAUCGGUUGUAGUCGAUGUCGUUUCCGCUGUAGUCGUCGUUGCAUCGGUUGUAGUCGAUGUCGUUUCCGCUGUAGUCGUUGUUGUGUCUGCAGUAGUUGACGUUGUUUCGGCUGUCGUUGAUGUCGUGUCUGCUGUCGUCGUCGUUGUGCCUGCUGUAGUCGACGUAGCGUCUGCUGUAGUGGACGUUGUUUCGGCAGUAGUUGAUGUCGUUUCCGCUGUAGUUGACGUUGCAUCGGUUGUAGUCGGUGUCGUUUCCGCUGUAGUAGAUGUUGUGUCUGCGGUAGUUGACGUUGUUUCGGCAGUCGUUGAUGUUGUUUCCGCUGUAGUUGACGUUGCAUCGGUUGUAGUCGGUGUCGUUUCCGCUGUAGUAGAUGUUGUGUCUGCGGUAGUUGACGUUGUUUCGGCAGUCGUUGAUGUCGUGUCUACUGUAGUCACCGUUGUUUCGGCCGUAGUUGAGGUUGUUUCCGCUGCAGUCGUCGUUGUAUCAGCUGUAGUCGAUGUUGUUUCAGCAGUAGUUGAGGUCGUUUCCGCUGUAGUGGUCGUUGUGCCUGCCGUAGUCGACGUUGUUUCGGCAGUUGUUGAAGUCGUUUCUGCUGUAGUUGAUGUUGUGUCUGCUGUAGUCGACGUUGUUUCGGCAGUAGUUGUGGUCGCUUCGGCUGUAGUCGACGUUGUUUCGGCAGUCGUUGAAGUCGUUUCUGCUGUAGUCGAUGUUGUGUCUGCUGUCGUCGACGUUGUUUCGGCAGUCGUUGAUGUCGUUUCUGCAGUAGUCGACGUUGUAUCGGCAGUCGUUGAAGUUGUUUCUGCUGUAGUUGACGUUGUUUCGGCAGUAGUUGAUGUCGUUUCCGCUGUAGUCGACGUUGUCUCGGCAGUAGUAGAUGUAGUUUCCGCUGUAGUCGACGUUGUUUCGGCAGUAGUUGAAGUCGUUUCCGAUGUAGUCGAUGUUGUGUCUGCUGUCGUCGACGUUGUUUCGGCAGUCGUUGAUGUCGUUUCUGCAGUAGUCGACGUUGUUUCGGCAGUCGUUGAAGUUGUUUCUGCUGUAGUCGACGUUGUUUCGGCAGUCGUUGAAGUCGUUUCUGCUGUAGUCGAUGUUGUGUCUGCAGUAGUCAACGUUGUUUCGGCAGUAGUCGAUGUCGUUUCUGCUGUUGUCGACGUUGUCUCGGCAGUAGUAGAUGUAGUUUCCGCUGUAGUCGACGUUGUUUCGGCAGUAGUUGAAGUCGUUUCCGAUGUAGUCGACGUUGUUUCGGCAGUAGUUGAAGUAGUUUCCGAUGUAGUCGACGUGGUUUCGGCAGUCGUCGAAGUUGUUUCUGCUGUAGUUGACGUUGUUUCGGCAGUAGUUGAUGUCGUUUCCGCUGUAGUCGACGUUGUACCUGCAGUAGUCGACGUUGUUUCGGCAGUAGUUGAAGUCGUUUCCGAUGUAGUCGACGUGGUUUCGGCAGUAGUUGAAGUUGUUUCCGAUGUAGUCGACGUGGUUCCUGCAGUAGUUGAAGUCGUUUCCGGUGUAGUCGACGUUGUUUCGGCAGUAGUUGAAGUUGUUUCCGAUGUAGUCGACGUGGUUUCGGCAGUCGUUGAAGUUGUUUCUGCUGUAGUUGACGUUGUUUCGGCAGUAGUUGAUGUCGUUUCCGCUGUAGUCGACGUUGUACCUGCAGUAGUCGACGUUGUUUCGGCAGUAGUUGAAGUCGUUUCCGGUGUAGUCGACGUUGUUUCGGCAGUAGUUGAAGUUGUUUCCGAUGUAGUCGACGUGGUUUCGGCGGUUGUUGAUGUCGUUUCCGCUGUAGUGGACGUUGUUUCAGCAGUAGUUGAGGUUGUUCCCGCUGUGGUCGUCGUUGUGUCUGCAGUAGUCGACGUUGUUCCGGCAGUAGUUGAUGUCGUUUCCGCUGUUGUCGACGUUGUUCCGGCAGUAGUUGAUGUCGUUUCUCCUGUAGUCGUUGUUGUGCCUGCUGUUGUCGACGUUGUAGCAGCAGUGGUCGAUGUCGUUUCCCCUGCAGUUGUCGUUGUGUCGCCUGUUGUCGAUGUUGUCUCGGCAGUAGUCGUUGUCGCUCCUGUAGUGGAAGUCGAACCACCUGUAGUCGACGUUGUCCCAGCAGUGGUUGAUGUCGUUUCUCCUGUAGUCGUUGUUGUACCUGCUGUUGUCGACGUUGUCCCAGCAGUAGUCGAUGUCGUUUCCCCUGCAGUUGUCGUUGUUUCGCCUGUUGUCGAUGUUGUCUCGGCAGUAGUCGUUGUCGCUCCUGUAGUGGAAGUCGAACCACCUGUAGUCGAAGUUGUCCCAGCAGUGGUUGAUGUCGUUUCUGCUGUUGUCGUUGUUGUGUCUGCUGCAGUCGUUGUUGUCUCAGCAGUAGUCGUGGUUGCGACUGUUGUGGUCGAUGUGGUCGCCGCAGUUGUCGUGGUAGCAGCUGUUGUGGUUGUUGAUCGACGCGCACGACGGCUAGCUCUGCGAUUGGCCCUUGCCGUUGCUCUCGAAGCACGACGUGAGGCACGCCAGGCUCGUAUCGCCUGA